GACUGAACAGCAAUCCAAGUAACACGUGCGCCUUUUUAACUGGAUCUAUAGAGACACCCACUGCGCAGAGAAAAAAGACAGUUUGAAUGUGAACGCGGCUUUAUUGGUUUUUUUUUCAUCUCUUUUAGAUUAGACUUGUUUUUGCAUCAUGACGCAAACACUGGUUCAGUCUGAACGAGUGGCCUCGGCCGCUUUGUACAGACCGUUGCCUAGAAGAUGGCAUUUGUAUAUUUGGCCCUUUGUUAGCAUGUUUUAUCCCGUCUUUUGUUAUAUAUAUUUCACUCACUAUGAUACCUACCUUGGUUCUGAAGAAUGGACUUUUGUUGCUUUGGGCAGUAUCAUCACUUUACAUGCCAUGACCUUCUUGGUUUGUCAGUGGAGUGUUGACUUGAAGGCUCUUUUUACUUGUGUCAAGGAAAAUGACGUUAAAAAAGCAACUAUUAUUAAGAUUGUACCUUUCCGUUAUCAAGGUAAAGGUACUCUUGUUCAACUUGAACACAGCAAGUCUAUUGAUGGUGAAGAUGAAAUCUCGUUUGUCUUUCAACAGAAAAAGUUCAUUUAUAACUUUGACAAGAAGCAAUUUCAAACAUUGCUUUACCCUUCCGACUUGAACCAUACUGUUGGAUCAUAUCAAAGUACUAAGGGAUUGUCUACGAAGAAGCAAAUCGAAUCACUUACUCAUUCUUAUGGUCUCAACAAGUUUGAGAUUCCUCUGCCAACAUUUACUGAGCUUUUCAAAGAACAUGCUGUUGCACCUUUCUUUGUGUUCCAAAUCUUUUGUGUAGGCCUUUGGUGUUUAGACGAAUACUGGUAUUAUUCUCUUUUCACGCUGUUUAUGUUGGUCGUGUUUGAAUGCACUGUUGUCUACCAGCGUCUUCGUACCAUUGGCGAAUUCCGUGGUAUGAAUCAAAAGCCUUACCCUGUCUUUGUCAAGCGUGAAAACAAAUGGACUCAAAUCCAAAGUGACGAAUUAUUGCCUGGUGAUGUUGUCUCUAUUGUUCGCACAAAAGAAGAUCAAGGUGUUCCUUGUGAUUUGGUUAUUGCUGACGGUUCUUGUAUUGUCAAUGAAGCUAUGCUUUCUGGUGAAUCAACGCCCUUGCUUAAGGAAUCCAUUGCACUUAGGGAUCCCAAUGAAGAAUUUGAUAUGAAUGUGGCAGACAAACUCAAUGUGCUUUAUGGUGGCACGAAGGUUCUUCAGGUCAGUACUCCAAAGUCAGAAGCACCCCCUGAUGAUGGCUGUGUCUGUGUUGCUGCUCGUACUGGUUUUGGUACUUCUCAAGGCGAGCUUGUGCGUACCAUGAUCUUUUCUACCGAACGCGUCUCUGCCAACAAUUUCGAAGCCUUACUUUUUAUUCUUUUCUUGCUUAUUUUUGCUAUUGCUGCCUCUGGUUAUGUCUGGACUGAAGGUGUGAAGAACGAUAGAAAGAGAUCAAAGCUCUUGUUGGAUUGUAUUCUUAUUAUUACCUCUGUUGUUCCUCCCGAAUUGCCUAUGGAAUUGAGUUUGGCUGUCAACAGUAGUUUGGUUGCCUUGUCUAAAUUUGCCAUUUAUUGUACUGAACCCUUCCGUAUCCCUUAUGCUGGUCGUGUUGAUGUCUGUUGUUUCGACAAGACAGGUACAUUGACAGGCGAAGAUCUUGUAUUUGAAGGUGUUGCUUUUGCUGAUGACAAUCGUCCCAAGACUGAACUUGCUAAGGCUACUGAAGUGCCUGGUGUGACACGCUGGGUAUUAGCCAGUGCUCAUGCUCUGGUUCAAUUGGAAGAUGGUAUUGUAGGUGACCCUAUGGAAAAAGAAACACUCAAGGCUCUUCAAUGGGAAUUGGGUGCCAAUGAUACUGUGUGUCCCAAGCUUGAAAAGAAAAGUCAAAGCUUGCAGAUUCGUCGUCGUUAUCAAUUUAGUUCUGCCUUGAAGCGUCAAUCUUCUGUUUCUACCUUGAACCUUCCUUCCUCCAGUGCCAAAACAUUCAUUGCUGUCAAGGGUGCCCCUGAGACACUCAAGGCUAUGUACACUCAAAUUCCUGAAGGCUACGUUGACACUUACAGACAUUUCACACGUAAGGGUAGUAGAGUCCUGGCUCUUGGCUAUAAAGUGUUGGAUCAAGCCUUGUCUGCUCAUCAAAUCAAUGAUUUGCCUCGUGAAUCUGUUGAAUCUGAUUUGACAUUUGCUGGUUUUAUUGUGUUUACUUGUCCCUUGAAAGAAGAUGCGAUUGAAGCCUUGAAAGAACUGAACGAAUCCUCUCAUCGUUGUAUCAUGAUUACAGGUGAUAAUCCCUUAACAGCCUGUGCUGUUGCUCGCGAAGUAGCUAUUGUUGAACGUGAUGUUUUGAUCGUUGACCGCGAUGAAAUGCGUAAAGACAACAAGGUUGUUUUCCAUAGUAUUGAUGAAUCUUACCGUGUUGAGGUGGAUCCUCAAGUACCUUUGGAUAAGGCACUUUUGGACAAAUACGAUCUCUGUUUAACAGGCUCAGCCAUGUCUCAAUUCAUGCUUUGCAAGGACAAUAUGAACAGCAUUCUUGAACACACUUGGGUCUAUGCUCGUGUCUCUCCUUCUCAAAAGGAAUACUUAUUGACUGGUUUGAAGGACCUUGGCUACACUACACUUAUGGCUGGUGAUGGUACAAAUGAUGUAGGUGCUUUGAAACAAGCUCAUAUUGGUGUUGCCCUUUUGGACGGUACUCCUGAAGAUCUCCAAAAGAUUGCUGAGCGUCAACGUAUUGAACGUAUGAAGGCUAUGUAUGAACAACAAAAGAGUAUUUCAGCUCGUUUCAAUCAACCUCCUCCCCCUCCUCCUCCCGCUAUUGCUCACCUCUAUCCUGAAUAUGCUGCUCAAGUCAAUCGUCAACAAGCUCAAAAUUUGACACCUGCUCAAAGACGCCAAUUAGAACAGAAAAAGAAGAUUGAAGAAGCCACACAAAAGAUGAUGGAAGGUAUGGAUAUGGAAGAACCACCCACGAUUAAGUUUGGUGAUGCUUCUGUUGCUGCACCUUUCACUUCCAAACUUCGUAAUGUGACUUCUAUCAACAAUAUUAUUCGUCAAGGUCGUUGUACUUUGGUUGCCACUAUCCAGAUGUACAAGAUUUUGGCAUUGAAUUGUUUGAUUUCUGCUUAUAGUUUGUCUGUUUUGUAUCUUGAUGGUAUCAAAUUUGGUGAUCUCCAAGUCACUAUUUCUGGUAUGUUGAUGGCUGUUUGUUUCCUCUGUAUCUCUCGAGGCAAACCCUUACAGAAAUUGUCCAAGGAGCGUCCCCAACCCAAUAUUUUCAAUCCUUAUAUUAUCUUGUCUGUCUUGGGUCAAUUUGCUAUUCAUAUUGCAUCUCUUGUGUACAUAAAUGCACUUGCCAAGUCUCUUGAACCACCCAAAGAAGUUGAUUUGGAAGGUGAAUUUGAACCGAGUUUGCUUAAUAGUGCAGUUUAUCUUAUUCAACUAUCCAUGCAAGUCUCUACAUUUGCCAUUAAUUAUCAAGGCCACCCAUUCCGUGAACGUAUUCAAGACAAUAAGGCAUUAUAUUAUGGCUUAAUGUCUGUGGGUGGUGUUGCUUUAGCUGGUGCUACUGAACUUUGGCCUGAAGUCAAUGAUCAACUUAAGCUUGUCAGAUUCCCUGGUACUUUCCGCUACAAAUUAACACUCUGUAUGAUACUUGACUUUGGUAUUGCUUAUGCCAUUGAAAAGGUGACCAAAGCAUUGUUUGCUGAUAAUCGUGCCAAAGCCAUUGCCAAAAGAGAUUAAGUCAUAGAUAUAUCUCAUUGUGAUAUAGAAAAUAAAAUGACUGUUUAGUCUAAUGAUUACUUUAUUCUAAAAUAUUACA